AUGGUGAUGAGCUAUGUCACAACCACCAAAUUCUCAACCAAAGUUAAUGGAGUUGGCCAUGGAUUCUUUGAGGGAAGGAGGGGGUUGAGGCAAGGAGAUCCUAUGUCUCCGUUACUUUUUGUACUGGUGAUGGAAUAUCUGUCCAGGACAUUAAUGAAGAUGAGUGAACUCCCUGAUUUCAGGUUCCACCCUAUGUGUAAAAGGACUAAGUUUAUCCAUCUGCUGUUUGCGGAUGAUUUAAUGAUCUUUUGCAAAGGGACUGUCAGCUCAGUGUCUCGGGUCAUAGAAGCUUUGGAUCACUUCAGCAAGGUUACUGGUUUGGAAGCGAAUAGUGAUAAAUCCAAGGUUCUAAAGGAGGUGGAUAAAAGGUGUAGAGAAUAUUUGUGGGGGAGUAGCAAUGAGAAAAAGAAGAUAUCGUUGGUGGCAUGGAAUACAACGUGUUUGCCAAGGAAAUAUGGAGGAUUAAAUAUAAAGGGAUGCAAGAACUGGAAUAUAGCUUCAGUGGGAAAGUUGAGGGUGAAGUGGGUGCAUGAAGUAUAUAUGACGAAUGAUGCUGACAUAUGGGCACACAAACCUGCCCUUACUAGUAGUUGGUACUGGAGGAAGUUGAAUUCCAUUAAAGUGCAAAUGUUAGGAUGGUAUUACAGGGGGCAGUACAUACUAACACACACUGGCGACUACUUGGUUAAUAGGAGUUACAAGGCCUUGAAUAAGUUAUUGACAAAGACAAGAUUGCAAAGGUUGAAUAUUUUAGUAGAGGAUACUAAAUGUUGUCUAUGUGAUGAUGAUGUUGAGGAAACACAAGAGCAUCUGUUUGGAGAAUGCCAAUGGAUAAUGGAGGUGAGCACAACUCUUCUCAAUUGGCUUGGUAUACACGUAAGGAAGAGGGAUGUAAAGACCACUGUACAGUGGAUAAAUACAAGGAAUUGGCAGUGGUUUAAGAAGCAUAUAGUUGCAAGAAUGUGGGGAGCAUUGAUAUACCACACUUGGCAAGUUAGGAACAAGAAGAUUUUUCAACAUAUAACUACUCCUACUAGUAUAGUUAUCUCACAGAUACAACAUGAACUAAGGGAGAGAAUGAAUAUACUCAAGGAAUCAAAAAGGGCCCAGAAGUGUCAAAAUUGGUGUGAUAGAUUGUGUACAUAG